ACUUCAGAUAGCUAAAUAUCUCUCUACUUGUCACAACCAUUAUUCCAGAAGGCAUAAAGGAUGGCAUCAAUUUUGCGUACAGGAAAAUUUCUUCGCUAUUUCGCAGGUUUCACGCGAAAUUUUGUCGUUGAUUCAGUACGACAAAGUGAAAAUGGAAUUAAUCUGCUACAAAUCACUCCCAGUGUUGGCAUACAAUUCCAGCAUGGCUUCGCCAGCAAUCCAGCACCCAAGUCAGAUCUCAACUUGGAAAAACAGUUGCGCCGGCUAGAUCAAGAUGUGCGUCGUGUCGGACGAAUUUCGCGGCGAGAUAUUGAGGAAGUGCUGGAAGAGAUACGCACGCAACAAUCAGCCACUAGUUCACAAUCGCUGCUCGUAAUACGUUGUUGUGGGAAUUUGGUGCCAGAAGAAAUGCCGGAGGUGCGUACUGCACUAGUGCAAGAGAUUUGGAAGACACUUAAUGUGUUGAAUGUGGCAAUGGAUAUAUCUCACUAUAAUGCUUUGCUGCGUGUCUAUUUGGAAAAUGAGCAUCCGUUCUCACCUACAGAAUUUUUAGCAGAAAUUGAGUCCAAAAACAUAGAGCCAAAUCGUGUGACAUAUCAGCGAUUGAUUGCACGCUAUUGCCAGCAAGGCGAUAUUGACGGGGCUACGCGCAUAUUAGAAUUUAUGCGUUCCAAGAAUCUUCCAGUAAACGAGAAUGUUUUUAAUUCGCUUAUACUUGGUCAUUCACAGGCCAAUGAUCUAGAAUCAGCCAAAGGUAUUUUAUCGGUGAUGAAACAGGCUAAUUUGGAUCCCAGUGCUGACACCUACACAACUCUUCUGUGUUGUUAUGCUCGUCAUGGUGAUGUUGAUUCUAUACUUCGUACACUGGACGAAUGUGAAAAGGCGGAAAUAUUCUUACUUGAUAAAGACCUGUUGGACAUCGUCUAUGUACUGAGCAUUAACGGACAUGCGGAUAAAGUGGAUGUAGUGCUUGCAAGAUUGCGCAUUUCGGCAGGUUUCAAUCAAGAUGCAGUGAAUGUUAUACUACGGUUGGUGAACAAGGGUUAUGAGGACGUCGGAUUAAAAAUUUUGCAAGUAAUGCCACGUAGCACUCGUCCUGAUGGCCAACUGGUAGAUACCGGAAACUUUUUCAUUAAGCAGCUUGUCAAAGCCAACCGUCCAAUGGACAAGAUCUUAAGUAUUUGCAAAACUCUUCAGGAUGAAGGUCUGAACCCUAAAGCGCUUUUGGUAGCCACUGAAGCUGGUCUUAGUAAUGGUGUGGUUUCUAAUGCACUUCCGCUAUUGCGCGAAUUGAAGAAUGCUGGUUUGCCUAUUCGCCAGCAUUACUUCUGGCCAUUGAUUUGCUCUGCUGAAUCAAACCAAAUCAUGUCCAUAAUACGUAACAUGCAAGAUGAGUUCGCUUUGCAUCCGAACUCUGAAACCUUGCGCGACUACGUCAUUCCUAAUUUAAAGGAGAAGAACUGGGAUAAAAUCGUAACAAUCUUACGUGAUGCGGGUAUAUCGAACGCUAGUGCAGCAGCAUCCGCUGCUUACGUAGCAUUGACUACAAAUCAAUUGAAGUCUGCCGCUAAUAUUAUGGAGUCAUAUAGAUCAUAUUAUUCAUCCCAAUUGUUCAGACAACCCUUAAUUCACGCGCUAUCAGCUACCAACGACUAUGUCUCGUUUACUCGUGUGGUCAGGCAACUAUACGAAACCGUUCAGAGUCGCUCACUUAACGCACAGCGUACCGAAGCUGAGGAGGGCUCUGAAGUAGAAGCAAAUGGUGAAACAAUAGAAAAUGAGGGGCCUAAUCUAAGCUUUGAUGUUGUUGGAGCUGUCCUGAAUGACAUUUGCUCAUAUUUUCGUCGCAAUAGAAUUGAAGUAUUAAGUAACAUUUUGCCAGCGCUGGUAAAGGAGGGGCUCACCAUUAGUAAUACAAGUGCUGCGCGUAUUUCAGAACGCCUGGGCUCCGAAAUGACAACUGAAAUCUCCGAGAACUUGGCCAAACUUACCUCUGGUGAAUUAGAGCUUGUACCACUGAAAACUUCAGAACAGCGCAAACGUGGUCUGGAUUCGUUGACAGUUGAAGAACUUGAACGUUUCAUCGCUAACGUCGAAACGAAAGGCGAUAAUGCUAACAAUUUAAAACGACAACUACUAAACGCUUGCUUCCGUUCUGGUAAUUUGGAGAAGACUUUGCAAGUCAUCGAAAAGCUGGAAGCGGAAAAGUUCACAAUUUCAGUUGGAAUAUGGGCGCAACUAAUAGAUUUGUACGCAACGGAAAAUAAGACAUCAGAGGCAUUAAAACAAUACGAAAAAAUUAAAGCGGAUAAUCCUGAAUUCGUGUUGGACAACCUUAAAUCGGUGCACAUUGCAAACCUACUCAUAAACGAAGAACGAUUCGACGAAGCCAUUAAAUUCUUGGAACGUAAUAAGAAACCGGAGCUAGUAACGGACAACGAAGGUUCUUUUAACUAUAUCUCGGUUGUAUGGCGUCUAUUGAAUACACUGGCCGAAGCUGGUAAAGCGGAUAAAUUGCAACAACUGUUUGAUACAUUGGUGGGCGGAAAUUAUAUUUACCCCACUAAUGUACUUUUGGGGCCAUUAAUAAAAGUGCAUCUUAAAAAUGACAACAUUCCUCAAGCUAUGGAAGCAUUUGAGCAGAUCUGCGAAAAGUAUAAGUGUACGCCGUGGAAAAAUGAUCUAGCUUGUCGCCUCAUAGAAAUGGAGGAUGCCGCUAAUCUGCAAAAGCUAACUGAUUUGAGCACAAACAUUCAUGGUGAAGUAAACAGUCUGUAUGAUUUGGUAUUUUCGUUUGUCGAGUGUGGACGCAUACGUCAAGCAAGAAAGAUUUUGGAAACACCUGGACUUCGUACACGUCCACAACGUAUUAACAGCGCAUGUGAACGUUACAAAAACGAGGGUAUGGUAGAACCACUUGAAGGUUUGGUUGAAGCGACAAAGGAUCUUAAUCAUAUUGAUCGCAACAAGAUCUACUAUAAUUUAUUGCUGAGUUACUGUAAGUCGGAAGAUACCGAAAAGGCCUUGGGUCUUUGGACCAAAAUGCAGGAAGAGGACAUAGCGCCCACCGAUAUUUUCCUUAUUAAAUUGGCAGAACUGUUGAAGCAGAAAAACAUAAAAGUCCCAUUUGCUGUACCAGAACUAGAAAAAGCACCAGCGGCUAAGUCGAAUAAAACAAAAAAUGCCGAAUUGGAUAAUGCUAUAAAGGAAACAAAGUCACCAACUACUUUAUCGCUUCUGCGGAAAGCUAUCAAAGCUGGUGAGAUUGACGCUGCGCUAGAUUUUAAAAACCAAUUACGAUCAGUUGAAGCUGUGAGCAUCAAUGAUCUUUCGCAAUUGAUCGAGCAUGCGGUACGCGCUGGACGUCUGACGGAUGCGACAAAAAUCGUAACCGAGCUGUUAGCGAAAAAGCAAUACCCAAAACCGAAAAUUUUCAGAUUUUACUUAAAUAAGAUUGCUGCCGCUGGCGACGUGAAUACAUUACAAGUACUCGGAGAGCAAUUAUCAGAUGAUCAAAAGAAAAUAGUUUCUUUUGAUAACCGUUUUUGUCAUGCAAACAUUAUAGCUGGUAAAGCGGAUCAGUAUUUGCAGUCAAUCUAUGAGCAGAUUGCUGCAGCAAAAACUCCAGAAGAAGCUGCUAAACUAGCUGAUCAUUUUCCACGUGGUGGCGCUCUAGGAAUUUUACAACAAAACCCCGAAACAUUGCCAUUAUUCGAAAAAAUUGCGGAAAAAUACGCUGAACAAAAGCAAUUAGGCCCAGUUAAUGUGCUAUGGAUGCAUUUACUCUCAAAAGGCGAUGAAGCUGCAUCGAAAUCCAUAUGGGAUAAACACCUUUCGAACGCACCACGUCUAAUGUUCCAACGAGUUCUGCAGACGGCGCGCGAGCAAAAAGACGAGAAGCUCGCUCAAGCGGUAAUAAGUCAAUUGCGUGAGUCAAAGAUCUCGGAAGGAGCUAUUGGGAAUGCUUAUUCGUGCCUAAUUGACAUACACACCACUGGCAACAAUUUAGAUAAAGCGCUGGACACGCUGAAAACAGCAAUCAAAGAUAUAUGUUUAGAGAAUAUAAAUCGCACUGCGUUAGUGCGCCUGAAAACUGCACUUCAGGAGCAGAAUAAGGAAUUUCCAUUCGAAAUUCCUGAAAAGAAGUCGCAAAAAAACAGCAGCAGCAGCAGCUCACAAUCAUCUGAUGAUGACGUUACGCCGAAGCGACCAGAGACAAGACCAAUUACACGGCCAACUAAAUAAAUAGGGAUAUAUUAAAUAUGUUCGUAGUCUGUAACAUUAACGAAUAAUUGUUGAUUCUUAUUUUAAAUAAAUGCUAAGUACUUCA